AUGCCUCCUCACAACCUUGCUCGAGCCGCCGCGGGGACCUCGACCCCUGGUCCAUCCUCGGCUACAGGCGAAGAAUCUGCGUCUCAUCACUCGGACGUUGUCGAUGUACGCCUCUUACUCCCCACCGGAUGGUUUCUCUUCACGGCGAUAACAGAGUAUCUUUUCUUGCAGGUGGAUGACGAUGCCGAUUCCGCUUUUGAGGAUGGCGAUAAUAUAUCAUACUCGUCUUUGCGAGAUGACUAUUGGGGCCCCUCCGAUGAACAACAAUUUGAAACACUCAACGCUGGUCAUGUCCUCUAUCUCGUAUUGGACAGCAAUCAACCAAACCCUCUCUUUCGAUCACCCAUCGAGGAGCCACUGCAUAUCCUCGAUAUAGGGACAGGACCUGGCACUUGGGCCAUUGACGUAGCCGAUCAAUUUCCUGCUGCAACCGUAUAUGGUGUUGACCUCUCUCCGCCGCCAUCCAACUGGGUCCCUCCCAACUGCUUUCUCCAGGUGGACGACGUCCUAGAAGAAUGGACGUGGAGGCAAGAUUUUGACCUGAUUCAUAUGCGUCUUAUGCUAGGUGCCUUCACAGACACUGAAUGGACGACUGUGUAUAAAAAGUGCUUCAACAACCUACGGUCUGGAGGAUACAUUGAACAAGUCGAGUUGGACGUGCGGGUCAUGUCUGAUGAUGGUUCACUCGCCCCUGACUCGCUGUUAGCUGGAUGGGGACAGACGUUCCUCGACUGUGCGCGACGGGCAGGUCGUCCCUUGGACACGCAGUUGACGAUGAAGGCCAAGAUCGAAGCAGCCGGGUUUGUCGACGUCCAAGAACACCUGUACAAAUGUCCCAUCGGCGCAUGGCCCAAGGACCCGCUCCUCAAGGACGCUGGUCGGAUUAACCUGACACACUGGAGUUCUGGUCUGGAUGGAUGGGCCAUGAUGUUAUUGACGAGAUGGGGAGCGCCGGAACCCUGGACGGCGGAUGAAGCCAGAGUCUAUGUUGCCAGAGUGAGGGAAGAACUGAAGAAGCGCCGACUGCACAUCUGGCAUUACACGUGA